GCCGACCAGGCAGCAAUUACGCUUUGGGGAUAAAACGGGGCGCGAGAGCGGGCUGGGCAUUCCUCCCCGAGAUGGCGGGUCUGACAGCUGCAGCCCUGCGACCGGGACUCCUGCUCCUCCUACUCUCCGCCCUGCACCCUGCUCAGCCCGGAGGGGUCCCCGGAGCUGUUCCUGGUGCUGUGCCUGGGGGAGUCUACUACCCAGGUGCUGGCCUGGGAGGAGGCCUGGGAGGAGGCCUGGGAGGAGGAGUUUUAGGGGCUGGUGGCAAACCCCCCAAGCCAGGUGCCGGACUCCUGGGACCAUAUGGGACAGGUGUAGGGGGGCUCCCAGGUGGAGGCGCUGGAGCAGGCACCUACCCGGGGGCGCUGGGACCUGGCGGAGCAGCUGGCGUGGCCGGGGCCUAUAAAGCUGACAAGCUUUAUACUGGGCUUGGCGGUGUUGGCGGUGUUGGCGGCGUCGGUGGCGUUGGCGGCGUCGGCGGUGUUGGCGGCGUCGGCGGUGUUGGUGGUGUGGGUAGCUUAGGCGUGUCUACAGGUGCCGUGGUACCACAGGCCGGCGGAGCAGGAGUUGGCGUGGGACCCGUAGGGAAGCCUGGGAAAGUGCCCGGUGUGGGGCUCCCAAGUGUGUACCCAGGCGGAGUGCUCCCAGGCGCAGGAGGUCGGUUCCCAGGUGUAGGUGUGCUUCCUGGAGUUCCCACCGGCACCGGCGUCAAGGCCAAGGCCCCAGGUGGGGGCGGGGCUUUUGGAGGAAUCCCAGGAGUUGGACCUUUUGGGGGACAGCAGCCUGGGGUGCCAUUGGGGUACCCCAUCAAAGCACCCAAACUCCCAGGUGGCUACGGACUGCCAUACAGCACGGGCAAACUGCCUUAUGGCUAUGGGCCCGGAGGAGCGGCUGGUGCAGCGGGCAAGGCUGGGUACCCAACAGGGACAGGGGUCGGCUCCCAGGCUGCGGCUGCAGCCGCUAAAGCAGCCAAGUAUGGCGCUGGAGGGGCCGGAGUUCUCCCUGGCGUGGGGAUCGGAGGGGCCGGUGUUCCCGGUGGGGCUGGUGCGAUUCCUGGGAUUGGAGGCAUUGCAGGAGCCGGGACCCCCGCUGGAGCGGCUGCUGCCAAAGCUGCUGCCAAGGCUGCCAAGUACGGAGCCGCUGGUUUAGUGCCUGGCUAUGGCCGGGGAGUGAUAGGUGGCCCAGGUGCUGGGAUCCCAGGUGCUGGGGUGCCAGGCGCUGGGGUUCCGGGUGCUGGGGUCCCAGGUUUCGGGGUCCCAGGCGUUGGAGGUAAGCUGGGUUUCCUGUGUGUCUAAGAGCGAUAUUGAAAG